UGUUGUGGCUUGUUUGUUUUGGUCAUCAACCGAACGAAGGGUGCUGUUUUACACAAUUUUAUUGAAUCCUUCGCUGUUUUUAUUAUCUUCAAAAUUAAAUCAAACCUGAGUAUGUAAUGAGUGAUUCCGACGAUACGGAUGUACUUUUGUUGAUUCCACCAGAUUUCUUCAACAUCGAAGCAAAUUCAGUUACUCCGCAACCGCGUCGGUCCGGUGGAAGUAUCAGCAAUUUGACAGAAUUUUAUCGUCCCUCGGACAUAUUCAGCAGCUUUGGUUCGAUGACAUUAAUGGCCAAUAAUAACGAAUCCUCGGAAGCACAAUCAUAUAAAAGCUCUCUCAUGACAAUGAGCACAACGAAGGGAGGUUUCUGUCCUACUGGACAAAGUUAUGAUUGUCAAACCCAAGUAGACGGAACCAACGUUUUUUACUCAACACCGCUCAAAGGGCACUUGGAAAACGAAACGAAACAGCCGGAAGCAAGCAAUCACUAUUUGCUCAGCGAAAUCGAUCAAUUUUUUCAAGAAAGAAAUAUGAAACCGAAUCCAGUUUAUGGCACUUUACAGGAAAUGAAUAAAAGCCCUGAAAAUUCCCUGAUUGAUGUCAACAAUGUUUCAUUAACUGAGGUACCUUCCCUCACUACAAGUGAUUUCAACACUUUCAGUCGAAUAGCGGUACCUCAGAAACCUCCACGGAAAGACCCACCGGCUUCCAUUAGCUCUAGAUUAUCGUUUAGCAGCAGGGCUCCACUUUUAAGUUUGAAUGAAAUUUGGAGCAACAAUGCAAUCAAUCAGGAAAGCUCAAAAGUGCAGGAAGAACGGUUACGAAGACAGCACUGUGAACGGAACAUUCAAAUGCUGCAGGCGAAACUACUCGAGUACGAACAAAAAAUCGCCGUGGCCGUCGAUGUGGAUAAAGAGAAAGAAAAUGUGAUUCUGCAAUUACAGGAGAGUUCAAUGAAUUCAAAUCAACGCAUCCGGGACCUAGAACACAAAUACAACGAGCAGCAUGAAAAGCUUCUACAAGAAAAUAUAGAUAUUAAAAACAAAAGUCUCCACCUAGAGAAGAUACUAGGAGAAACGAACACCGUAGUUCGUAAGCUUCAGGAUCGUAAUGAAGUGCUUGAGAGCAAGGUAGAAAGUUUAACCACUGCUAAUCAGGACGUAACCGAAGUUCACAAAAAUCAACUCAAAGAUCUGGAAAUCCGAUUGUCCAACAGCAGAGAGAGUGAACGAAACCUAAAGGAGCAGUGCAGCAGGUUGAAGAAAUCCAACGAACAAUUGAAGGAUGAACUUGAACUGGAACGUAAACGGUCCGAAGAAGCAAACAAAUUGAGAGCAGAUGUUGCUUCGUUUAAAGUAAAGAUUGAUAACUUGAACCGGAAGCUCAACGAUUCCAAUACGCAAAACGAAUCAUACAAGGAGCAAAUCAAUGAUCUGAAAGUUCAAAAUCACACUCAUUUGGAGGAAAAAAAGAAUCUUCUGAAGGAACUAGACGUUCAACGGUUGUCUUUGAAAAAAUACUACCAAUCGCAGCUGGAAGAUGUCGUAGCAGAUAAAUUGAGAGAAUUCCAGAAACAGCUGACCACUGUUGAGCAACAACUGAAAGCAGAAGCAAACCGAAAGGAACGACUACUCGCAGAGCGAGCCUUCAAACAAAUUGAAUUGAUUAGUCAGACUAAUGAGCAAGAGAUAAAACUUCUCAACGAGAAGUAUAAUGAGCAAGAGGCACUCUAUCGUUUGCAAUUAACCAAUUCGUCCAAAACCAUACACGAGCUGGAAGACAAACUAGCUUGCUAUCAAAAUCGAAGAGCUGACAUUGCCGAACAGCUGCACUCUAUAAUGGAAGUGCAGUGGCAAAAAGCUCUGGAAGUACUGACAUCACCCUCUUCAGUUGCAUUGAACGAAGAUACACACAAUCGUUUUAGCAAACUACGAGUUGAUCACAUUGACAAAGAUCAACUAGAUGGAGUGCGAACGCUUAAGAGCGUUGCUGAAAAUGAAACGUUUCAGACUCCACUUAGCAGUCGGCAUCAGAGAAUGACGGGUGGUUUAACGGAGAAAAGCACACUACCACGAGAUUUACUCCACAACUAUAUUGAACUGUUGUUAGAGAAAUCACCGAACGAUUUGAAGGAUUUGGAGAGUUUACUAUCUGAUUGUAAAAAACAUUCGAACCAACCUAACGAACGACCUUCACUUGCGCCCGUUACAGAUAAACAUAAGGUAGAGUUAUGUUCAAAUACAAAUUUAAGCGGGCUGAGUAAAACGAUUGGGAAAACUCCUAAGCCAUGGAGGUGAACAUUGGGUUUAAAGAGAAUUGUAAGUCUGCAUAGUGAA